GCCGAACACGGUCAAACAGAGUGCCUGGUUUGGCUUCUGGAUUCCGGUGCCAAUGUAUGUCUUCAAGAUGGCAAAUCGCAGACUGCGAUUGACGUGGCAAGAUGCCAUAAGCAGAUCAAUGCGCUCCGCAUACUUCGUAAGCAGGCUGCUGACGAGGGUCUACUGGGCACGCAGACUGGGAAAAUGGCCCCUGCGACACCAUUGGAAUCCAGACGGGAAUGCAGCGGAGAAGAGCUUACCGACGAUGACCUCCUGCCAAUUGAUUUCCCAUUUGGAGACACUGAGGCAGUGGGUGUCUGCGUGAGUGCCGAACGGAAGCAGGCUGCACGAGAUCUAGCUCUUCGCCGGAUCGAUCUGCUUUUGCGAUACUUGGAACUCGCAAAGCUCGAUUUCAAGCAGUUGGGCGGAUCAGAGGCUCAAUUAGAAAAGCGCCACAUACCGACAGAGGAGAGCGGAGAACUAAAGGUCGCUGCACUGGAUAAUCAACUUGAAUAUGAAAGACUGCGGCGAGAGAAGCUGGAAAUUUCUCUGGAUGAAGCUCGGAAGGAAAUUCUGAUGUUAAAGUCCGAAAUGAAGGGCAGCACUUGCGUUUUGGAGUCCCCGCUCCGAAGCACAAAGUUUGAUGAGCGGGCUAAUAGGCUGGAAAAGGUGUCAAUGCUCGCAAAACAAUACAAAGCAAAGCGGUAUUAA